GCUAAGACGAAACUACAUCAUCACACAAGGUGCACGCCUUCGUCUGUCAUUUCAUUGUGGACGAGGUUUAAAGAUGGUCGUUAAGUGGUCAGUUUGACAGGGACGGACUGCACUUUCUCUUGGAAAAAAAAAAAGAAGACGUUUUCGCCAUAGACGUUCGGUGACAACACUGCGAUAGCUGCAACGUUUUGCACCGCUUAACUGCAUUUGGCCGUGAGCCGGGCGUGAACGACAACACGAUGUGGGAGCAAGAGGAAUUUGCCAAACACUGGCGGAAUGAAUUUCCCGACGGCGAAGUCCCACAAAUGAACUUAAAUUCGAUCGAGGACAUCGAGUCGCAGCUGGAGGCUUCGAAAAUCAACCUGAAGCAGCUGCAAAAGGCUCUGUCCGAGGAGAAAUUCAAGGUGAUCUACCUGCAGACCACCAUGGCGCGACAGAGAAAAAACGACGCGGAAAGUUGUCACGGCAAAGACGUCAACUUUAACGCCGACACUUUCGUGACUCCCAAGAGUGGGAACUUGAGGAUAUCUCAGCGACCGGGCGAUGGCUGCGACGGUAAAACGGACCAAGUGUCUGACACGGGAGAUGGGAAGCUCCAGUCAGCUAACGCGGCAAGUAAUUCGUUCAGCCGGGAGCGGAGCAGGUUCAGCGGCAAGACAGGCAAGCCCGUUCCCAUCCCCGUUCCACCUCGGAAGCCGAGCAAUCCGAGACUGAACCCUCCCGGCCUCUCUCAAACGAGAAAUAAUGAUGACAACAGCGACAAGGAGUAUGAAGAUUUAGAGCUGAACGAGAAUUUUGUCAGGAAUAACCUGUUGGUACCAAAGGCUGGGAUGAGAAACAACCAGAAGACGCCCAGCAUCCAUCACCCGGACACCCUGCGGCCUUUUCGCCUGAGUCGAGACUUGGACUCGGGGGACGACAGUCGGAUGUCGCCGCCCUUCCUGCACAUUGGACGUGGCUCAGGCUGCAGCACCCCAGACAGGAGUUGUGAUGGCUACCUCAGCUCAGAGCAUGACGACUCCUCUUCUGCAGAUUUUAACUACAACACAGAUGGCUACGAAGGGGACGGCACGGAGGAUGGCAAGUCUCAAGAUGGCUCGGAGACGCUGCCCUAUAUAGAUGAAUCCCCCACCAUGUCUCCCCAGCUGUGCACACCCCAAGGACCAGAUGGAGUAAUGGUCUCCCCCACACCGCCGGAGGGUCUUCUUCCUGGGGGAGACAUUGAGAAAGGACUAGAGAUGAAGAAGCUGGUGCUCUCUGGUUUCUUGGCCAGUGAGGAGAUCUACAUUAACCAACUGGAGGCUCUGCUAUUGCCGAUGCGUCCCCUGAAAGCCACGGCGACCACCUCUCAGCCCGUCCUUACCAUCCAGCAGGUCGAGACCAUCUUCUAUAAAAUCCAGGACAUCUUUGAGAUCCACAAGGAAUUCUACGACGCGCUCUUGCCCAACAUCCGACAAUGGGAUGAGAAGGUCACUGUAGGCCAUCUGUUCCAGAAACUGGCCAGCCAGUUGGGAGUGUACAAAGCCUUUGUGGACAAUUAUAAGGUGGCACUGGAGACAGCAGAGAAAUGCAGCCAGGCCAACAGCCAGUUCCAGAAGAUAUCUGAGAAUCUCAAAGUGAAAAGUCCUAAAGACUCAAAAGAUUGUACUUCGACAGUCACAAUGGAAGCUCUUCUUUAUAAACCCAUUGACCGUGUGACAAGGAGCACCCUAGUUCUUCAUGACUUGCUGAAACACACGCCAAAGGACCAUCCAGACUUCCCCCUCCUGCAGGACGCUCUGCGGAUAUCUCAGAAUUUUCUCUCCUCCAUCAAUGAGGAGAUUGACCCUCGCAGGACCGCUGUCACCACGCCCAAAGGAGAGGCUCGUCAGCUGGUGAAAGAUGGCUUCCUUGUGGAGGUGUCAGAAAGCUCCAGGAAGCUACGCCACGUCUUCCUCUUCACUGACCUGCUGCUCUGUGCCAAAAUGAAGAAGACCUCUGUUGGUCGUCACCAGCAAUAUGAGUGCAAGUGGUACAUCCCUCUGGCAGAUUUGACUUUCCAAACCCUGGACGAGUCUGACUCUUGCCAUAGUAUCCAAGUCCUCCCUGAGCAUGAGAUUGAAGAGAUGAAGAUAAAGAUCUCACUCUUAAAGAGUGAGAUCCAAAAAGAGAAGAAAGCACCAAAGGGUCAGAACCGCGUGGAGCGUCUAAGGAAGAAAAUGAACGAACAGGAAUCCUGGCUGCUGCUCCACUCCCCCACAAUCCCCUUCCGCCUUCACAACAAACAUGGCAAGAGCUACCUGUUCCUGCUUUCCUCUGAUUAUGAGAGGUCAGAAUGGCGGGAAAGCAUUCAGAAGCUCCAAAAGAAAGACCUUCAGGCGUGUGUAUUAAGUUCAGUAGAGUUGCAGGUCCUUACGAGCUCCUGUUUCAAACUCCGAACUGUCCACAAUAUUCCUGUCACCAGUAAUAAAGAUGAUGAAGAGACUCCAGGCUUGUACGGCUUCCUUCACGUCAUCGUCCACUCUGCCAAAGGAUUCAAGGAGUCAGCCAACCUGUACUGCACCCUCGAAGUGGACUCUUAUGGAUAUUUUGUGAGCAAAGCUAAGACCAGAGUCUUCAGAGACACCGCCGAACCUCAGUGGAAUGAAGAGUUUGAGAUCGAGCUGGAGGGGUCCCAGUUUUUGCGAAUCCUGUGCUAUGAGAAGUGUUACGACAAGAGCAUGCUCAACAAGGAUGACAAUGAGAUUGUGGAUAAGAUCAUGGGCAAAGGGCAAGUUCAGCUGGAUCCUCAGACAGUGCAGUCCAAGAACUGGCACAUGGACGUCAUUGAGAUGAACGGGAUAAAGGUGGAAUUCUCAAUGAAGUUUACAAGUAGGGACCUGAGCUUGAAGAGGACGCCAUCCAAAAAACAGAGUGGUGUGUUUGGAGUGAAAAUCAACGUGGUCACUAAGCGCGAGCGCUCCAAGGUGCCUUACAUCGUCCGCCAGUGCAUUGAGGAAGUGGAGAAGAGGGGCAUCGACGAGGUGGGAAUCUACAGGAUCUCAGGGGUGGCCACGGACAUCCAGGCCCUCAAAACGGCAUUUGAUACUAAUACCAAAGACAUCCUGGUGAUGCUGAGUGACAUGGACAUCAACGCCAUCGCGGGAACCCUCAAGCUGUACUUCAGGGAGCUGCCGGAACCUUUGCUCACCGACCGCCUGUACCCGGCCUUUAUGGAGGGAAUAUCUCUGUCCGACCCCGCAGCCAAGGAAAACUGCAUGAUGCACCUCCUACGCUCGCUGCCCGACCCCAACAUCAUGACCUUCCUCACUCUGCUGGAGCACCUCAAACGGGUGGCGGAGAAGGAGCCCCUGAACAAGAUGUCCCUCCAUAACCUGGCCACAGUAUUUGGCCCCACUCUACUCAGACCCUCAGAGUCCGAGAGCACCAAGGGACAAAAUAUUACCUCUGUGUCUGAUAUCUGGUCACAUGACGUUAUGGCACAGGUGCAAGUGCUUCUCUACUACCUGCAGCAUCCUCCAAUCUCCUUUGCUGAGCUCAAGCGGAACACGCUCUACUUCUCCACCGACGUUUAAGCCCAUCUUCGCCUCUGUCGGACCGGAGAAUGAGAGACUGUGUAUGAGUCCCGGUCCUCUUACCUCGCCUCUCCUGCAAGCGGGCAUCUCGUCUUGACUGUACAGCACCCACAAUCCCAUACCCUUAACUCUGCGCAGCCCCCCCCCCCCGCCCCGGUUAGAAAGGUGGUGACGUUUUGUGGUCUUCUCGAUAUAAAGUUACCAGUCUGGGGGAGUGGGGGGGUCGCUCUGGUUCAGUUUGGUGGGAGAGGAGGGGUUUCGGAGGCCACAGCCUGGCGCCGUGGCACAUGAUCAAGCCCGGGGACGUGGCAUCGAGCUUUGUCCCCUGCUCAGAGGCAUUCCACAACAACCGCAUUUAUGUUUUAUAAUAAUUUAGUCGUUUCCUUUUGCUGUCUUUCUGGCUUUGUGCAUGUGGAGGAGGAGGAGGAGGAGACGUGUGUCUGCCAGUGUGCGUGUGUGCGAGCGAAUGUGCAGGACUGCAAGGAAUGAAUGGCUAGCAAGAGUGUCCUUUUCUUAAACAGACAUUCCCUCCCCACUGAUUCUUGGCCAGAUUAGCCCUAUUUAUUUUAAAUAUCUAUAUAUAUAAAUAUCUGUGCCUGUACAGUUCUGUGCAACUAGAGAGAUGCUCUAAGGAGUCUGUUUUUGAAGUCUAUUCAGGUUGUGAUGUUAUUUUUUAGUCCGAUUUUUCUCACUCACCAUAUUCAUGGUUGGCAAAUUGUACAGAAAUAUUCACCGCAGAAGCUCUGCCACUUUGUUACCCACCACUUUGUAGAGGAAAAAGUGAGCUUAGUUGGGACUCAAUAGGGGGUAAAAACAAUGAAUGAAACCUCUUGCUUUUUUUUUUUUUAUUCUUCUUCGUGUUGCAUUACAAGCCUGUUCCAAGCAUCUCACUGCACCGGUAUAAUCAAUAGGAAGAUUUGCUAGUUGCCCUUAUUGCAUGUUCAGCUCGUAAAUGAAAUCAGGCUAAGAAACUCAAAGAUAGGUUGUGUGAGCGAAAGCCCUUUUAUGCUCUGUACAAAGCCAACCUUUCUGUUGUCAGGUCUGCAACAUGUUGAAAAAUUCCUGCAAAAACUGAGAGUAAGACUAUUUGGUAUUUUUCAUAAUAAAAAUUUUAAAAUGUUGUAUUUUACUUACUUUGCGAAGAAUUUAAGUAUGCUGUACUGUAAUUUUGAGGAUAAAUGUAAAUGUGAAAGUUUUCCCCUUUUUCUAAUGAAAUAAAAGACAAACAAACUCA